CUCAGCGCGCCCCUGUGGAUCUUAGCGUCCGGGCGUUCUAUAGUAGCGCCUUGCACCUGUGUCUUAUCAUCCCGACCACUUCGGAGCGAAUUCUAUAAGAGAGAUUUGACCCGGACACUGCAAUCCGCGCUGUUCUGCCUCUGCUUCGAAGGUCACACAGUCGACAUGGUUCGUCCAGGAAGCGCGAAGGAACGGUUCCUCAAGUUCAUCGAGGUGCCCAUUGACGCCAAUGCGGGGUACAAGAACGACCACUGGACCAAUAGGGACUUGAUCCCCAUGCCCGCCGAGCGACGAACGUACGCGAUCUGGUCGUACUUCAUCUAUUGGUGUAUCAGUGGCCUGUGCAUCUCCGCGUACACCACGGGUAGCACAUUGUUGUCGUAUGGCUUGACUCCUCAGCAGGCGAUCGGCGCUCUCGUGGUCGGCGCGCUGUGCACAGGUUUCCUAUCCAUUUCCUGUGGUUGGAUGGGGGAGAGGCAUCAUAUAGGCUUCACCGUCGCCUCCCGGUUCACCUGGGGCAUGAGAGGGGCGUACUUCCCUAUCAUCAUCCGCUCAUUCACGACGAUCUUCUGGGAUGGACUGCAAGCGUACUGGGGAGGACAAGCCACGGCGGUGGUCAUUGGUGCCAUCAUCCCUGGAUUUGCUCACAUGAAGCACACCUUGGCGGGUGGCAUCCUGCUCCUCAAGGACUUCAUCGCGAUGAUCAUCUACUACAUCUUCUUCAUUGCGAUCAUGCGCAUCCCUCCAGAGAGGCUCCAGAAGCCAUUCAUCGUCUCGUCGAUCAUGUUUGGCGGAACUCUUCUGGGGCUUCUCAUCUGGGCCGUGUCCAACGUCCACGGACCUGGGCCAUUGUUCAAAGAACCAGGGGAACCGGCGAACGGCAGCAUAGGCUGGGCAAUGAUGUUCGGCAUCACUGCUAUCCUGGGAUCAUGGGGUGGAGGUACACUGGGCCAGAGCGACUGGACGCGUUACGCCAACAGGCCAUAUGCUCCGACUCUCUCGCAGCUCGUCGCGGCGCCACUCACGAUCAUCGUAUGCGCUGUUAUAGGUAUCAUCGUCACGUCGUGCGCGCAGCAGAUCAUCGGGGAACUCGUUUGGGAGCCGUUCCAGCUGUUGAGCGCGCUGCAGGAGUUUUACAACGAUUCUCCUCGAGCUCGAUGCGGAGUUUUCUUUGCAGGCCUCGGAUGCGUCUGUGCGCAACUCGGUAUCAGUAUCGUGCUUAACUCUGUCAGUGCAGGAAUGGACUUAGCUGGAAUCAUGCCGCGCUACAUGAACAUCAGAAGGGGUGCUUACCUCCUAGCUUUCCUCGGCCUCGCUUCCAACCCAUGGCAGUACCUCUCCAACGCCGCGACAUUCCUCACCGUCCUGUCGGGCUUCGGAAUCUUCCUGGCUCCGUUUACUGGUGUUAUGCUUGCUGACUACCUCGCCGUACGACGGUGCGUCAUCAAACUCGAGGACUGCUAUGUCGGCAACAGCACCUCAAUCUACUGGUAUUGGCACGGCUUACACUGGCGGGCACUGGUCGCUUGGGCGAUCGGGGUCUUCCCCACUAUGCCUGGAAUGAUCAUGACAGUCAGAAACCCAGCGGCAUACAAUGGUUGGGUCAGAACCUUCCACAUGACGUUCUUCGUUGGCCUUUUUGUGUCCUUCGCUGCGUUCUGGCUCAUAUGCACCAUCUCGAAACCGCCUGGGCUUGGCAUCGGCACGAACUAUCAUGACGAGAGCAUGUUUCAACCGGCGGAGGGUUCCAUAUCCGACAAAGUCAGUACGAUCGAGAAGGACGAAGGUACUGACGUUACGGUGUCGGGGGUUUAGACUUGCUAGAACUAACAAUCAAAGGCCGCGCUGUCUUCUGAUGCGCAUGCCAUAGAGACCAAUGCGCACGCUGUGUGCAUAUGUAGAAAAUGUAUGAGGGUGGUGUUCGAUGAUGUACUAGGGAUAGAAUUGGGAGAACACCGGUUUUGCCAAUGCGAGGCCUGAGAUUUAGAACGAA